AUGACUGCUAUCUUCCUGAUGUCCAUGCUUUUUGGCCUUGCAUGUGGGCAAGCAAUGGCUCUUUGUAUUCCAACUGAGUAUAUGAUGCAUGUCGAAAGGAAAGAGUGUGCUUACUGCCUAACCAUCAACACUACCAUCUGUGCUGGAUAUUGUAUGACACGGGACUUCAAUGGCAAGCUGUUUCUUCCCAAAUAUGCUCUGUCCCAGGAUGUUUGUACAUAUAGAGACUUCAUGUACAAGACUGUAGAAAUACCAGGAUGCCCACGCCAUGUUACUCCUUAUUUCUCCUACCCUGUAGCUAUAAGCUGUAAGUGUGGCAAGUGUAAUACUGACUAUAGUGAUUGUAUACAUGAAGCCAUCAAAACAAACUACUGUACCAAACCUCAGAAGUCCUAUGUGGUGGGAUUUUCUAUCUAA